ACGCUGUGGUCCUCCCACCUUACCAAAGCUCCCGAGCGCAGCUCAAAGAACAGGAACUAUUUUAAAUAAACCGAUGAAUGGGACUUUGCCCUACGCUGGAUCCUGAGGCUGGCACUGUUUGGAAGUGGAGCGCAAAAGCAGACACAGGGACAGUCUUUUCUCUCAAAGACCCGAGGUGGAAAAGACGCAGCAAUGACAGAGCAGCAGUCGUGCGCAGCGGCAAAAUAGACCAACUAUUGUGGGGACGGAAGAUUGAUAACACAACUGGGCGAGCAACGAGAGCGGCAGAUGUAAUUUCCAAACGUUUCAGCUGGUUUGGUGCCAGUGGUGUGCUGGAUGGGUUAUUAUUGCGUUCUCCUUUUCAUCAUUCACUGCCUCCAGCGUUUCCAGAUUACUUGGGGAUCUCGGGCGGCUGUCUGUGAGGGAGUAUUGCUGCAGAGACUAACGGGGAAUGCCAUGUGUCGUUGCGCGACAUAGAAGCUCUUUGUGGGUUGUUUUGCACCGGGGACAGGUGGUGCCGUAUGUGUGUGUGUGUAUUGAAACUAACAGGGGGGCACGGACACACAACCCCUGAGACAGUUGUCUUAGGGAUGUCAGGCCGGCGUACGGGAUCAGUUUUUGCCAGAGACAGGUGCGACAGGGAGGAGUAGUUUACAAAGCCCUACACAGGAUCUGGUAACGAACCUCUCUCCUCUAGAAUCACUCGGAUUUUUUGUAUCCAGCGGGACACAGAAUUGACUCAUACCGUCCUUGUCUCGGCGGCACCUUUCCCCCGACAAUCAGAGACUCUACAGUUCUGUUGCUAUGGCGACCAUGGCCCCUCCCUUCCUCUUCCUGCUGUGUUUGCUGCUCCGAACAGCCAGCUCGGCAUUCCCUGAGGAACCGGGGCCUCUCAACUUCAUCCCCACUGAAGUGGUGAGACGGUAUCCAGUGUUCCUGGGCCGACCUCACCGAACAUGGCUGAGACAAGAGCCUCUACACAUCCAGAGGAUGCUCCAAGUCAAUCGGACACUCUACAUUGGAGCGAGGGAUGACCUUUUCCGUGUGGAGUUGGACAUCGUUGCAGGAGAUGAGAUGUUCUACAGCAAGAAAAGAACAUGGGAGUCAAACAAGAAUGACAUCAGGAUCUGCAGGAUGAAGGGCAAGCAUGAGGAUGAAUGCCGUAAUUUCAUGAAGGUGUUGCUCAGCAGACACGGAGGCCUGUUUGUAUGUGGGACCAACGCCUUCAACCCGCUAUGUGCCAACUACACUGGAGACACUCUGGAGAUGGUAGGAGACACAGUCAGUGGGAUGGCAAGAUGCCCUUAUGAUCCCAAACACGCCAACGUAGCUCUGUUUGCAGAGGGGAAUCUGUUUACAGCCACAGUGACAGACUUCCUGGCCAUUGAUGCAGUGAUCUACCGUAGCCUUGGGGACAGUCCUGCUCUGCGCACCGUCAAGCACGACUCCAAGUGGUUCAGAGAGCCGUAUUUUGUCAGCGCUGUGGAGUGGGGACCUCACAUCUACUUCUUCUUCAGAGAGAUAGCCAUGGAGUUCAAUUACCUGGAGAAGGUGGUGGUGUCGCGUGUGGCCCGCGUGUGUAAACGGGAUCAAGGUGGAUCUCAACGCGUCCUGGAGAAGCAGUGGACGUCGUUCCUGAAGGCCCGUCUAAACUGCUCCGUUCCUGGUGAUUCCCACUUCUACUUUAAUCUGCUGCACUCCACCAGCCCCAUCAUCAGGAUGCACGGCAGGGACAUCAUCCUGGGGGUGUUCUCUACACCGGCUAACAGUAUUCCGGGUUCGGCAGUGUGUGCCUUUGACAUGGAGCAGCUGGCUGCAGUGUUUGAUGGGAGGUUCAAGGAGCAGAAAUCACCGGAGUCUAUUUGGACACCUGUCCCUGAUGAAGUCAUCCCGAAGCCAAGACCCGGUGGCUGUGCUGUUCAGGGUUCCAGGUUUAAUUCCUCCAACUCUUUCCCUGAUGAGAUGCUCAACUUUGUCAAGACCCAUCCGCUGAUGGAUGAAGCCGUCCCAUCACUCGGACAAAGACCAUGGAUAGUCAAAACCAUGGUCAGGUAUCAGCUCAAUAAGAUUGUGGUGGAUACAGAGGCUGGGCCAUAUAAGAAUCGCACAGUCCUGUUCCUCAGCUCAAGCAGAGGGACUAUCCUCAAGUUCCUCAUCAUGCCCAACCAGGACAACACCAUCACCAACAGCAACAUCUUCCUGGAGGAACUGGAGGGGUUCAACCCUGAUAAAUGUGCCGAAGACUCUCCGCAGGCCAGGCAGCUGCUGUCUCUGACUCUGGACAGGGCAAGCCACACUCUGCUCCUCGCCUUCCCUUCUUGUGUGGUCAGAGUACCGGUGGCACGAUGCCAGCUCUACUCCCGAUGCAUGAAAAACUGUAUCGCCUCCAGGGAUCCAUACUGUGGCUGGACCAGAGGAAGCACAUGCUCUUUCCUCAGGCCUGGGACCAGACUGCCGUUCGAGCAAGAUGUUGAACAGGGAAACGUGGCCCACUUGGGUGACUGUGACGGAAUGCUUCUCCAAGAGAGUUUCAUUGAGGAGCCUGAUGGACUGGUGUCUGUAAACCUGCUGGUGGUGUCUGCUGUUUCAGCCUUCGCAACAGGAGCCAUCCUCUCUGGCCUGACCGUCUGCUGGAUUAUGAGUCACCGCCACCGCCAUUCCCGUAGCACUGGAGCCAACGGUGCCCGCCGGAAAAGUGACAAAGAGCAGAGCAUGCUGGGACAGGGCCGCAGCGGGUCAGUAAUGAGCGUAACAAGAACCAGCGGUGGUGAGAGGCGCCGUUCGCAAGCAGACAACCCCUUUGUCACACCCAACGGGUGGCCGAAAGGAGAGAUGGACCCAGGAUUGCUGCCUACCCCAGAGCAGACCCCACUGCAGCAGAAACGGGCCAUGCGUCUCCCAGACACCGACUGGGACCAGAGCCAGACCUUCCUCACUGCUGUGGGGACUCCCUGCCCCAACAACUCUGUCAUUUACCUGAGCUCCAAGUUCCUGCACGGAGGUGGAGGGGGAGGAGGGAUGGUCCGGAUAGAGGACCCAGGAGAAGUUGUGCUGCCCCCGCACACGGAGCGCCAGCGCUACCUGAUCUUAGCCACCCAGAGAGGGGAGCACGGUGGCAGCCGUCCCACCGGCACCCUGAGGAACUCAGCGGGAGAAUACAUCUACCCCGCCACACCACAGGACUCCCCCGACCGACGGAGGGUGGUCUCCGCUCCCACUCCCCACAUGGACUAUGGGGAGCCUCGCUGGAGUCACGAGGCGCUCAACUACAACAGCAACAAUGGGGCGCCCUAUCACUCCCAGCGCCAGGGCCUCAUCAGGCCAGACAUGCACGGGCCCCGAGGGCUGGGAGAACUGGCUGACUUCAGCCAUCUUCUAGUGAAGAACAUGGGAGAGCGCACCCCCAGUGGCCAGUGAGGUGAAGUACGUGAGCCCUGACUGCAAGCUCUCUCUGAAAACCCAUUUCCUCCAACAGUAAACUGGAAUAAAUUAGCCCCUCAGACUCCGUGUCCCGGUCCAACCUUACCCUGUCUGUCCUCUCUCACUGUCAUUCAAUGUUCUGACGUCAUUCAGCUGACUGAAGAGAGAGACAGAGAGAAAAGAAACAGAGAGAGUUAAAAAAGAGGAGAACACUCUCUCCACGACUCCGUUCCUCGCCUCUUAAUCUGAGGUGCACCCCUCUGCUCUGAUAGUGGUAUGACCCACAGAGCAUGACUUUGACACCACAGGACAAACAGUAAGGUAAAGAGAGGGGUGCAAAAGGAAAGGGAAUCUUCUCUAAAGGACAGAGUGGAGAUUUAAAAAAAAAAAAAAUGACAAUUUCGCUCACAGCACCAAAUGUGAAAGGUCUCCCUCCACCAUUUUGUUCACUGUUUUGACACCAUGGAUCUUCUUUGAGUGUGAAAUUUUGUUUCUGCUUUUGUGUUUUUUUGUGCCACUGGCAUCCAGCAGACAACAAUGUGCUUUACUUUGGAUUUCAGAUGAGACAAUAUCAGACUAAAACUGUUGUAGCCGUGCCAGAGGGCAGCGACUCUCACUGAAUCAUGCAGUGUGUGUAUGCGUUAGUAUGUAUGUGUGUAUGCGUGUGUGUGAGUGGCCACAACAACCCCAACAAGUGUCCUGUCUUAACUGUGAAGUAUAACUAUAUAAUGAAGGUUCUCUAAGGAGGAAGUUGAUGUUAACAUUAUUUUCCCUUUUUAUAAACAAUCACAGAGAGACAAACACAGUUUAUCAUGGGUUUCUUUGAAGCUCCAAUCAGACGUUUGGAUGGUUUAUCAGAGGAUAGUGAAGGGUGGAGACUCCCAGUGUGAUUUUUUUGUGUGAUUUCCAGUACCUCAGACGCAAUGCUGGACAGAGCCAAGAUGAAAUGAAAGAGAGCAAUAAUAAGGAAGAAACGAGUAAGGGUGAAAAUAAAGCCAAUUUAAUUUGAUAUUUUAUACAUCACUGUUUUCUCAGCAAAGUAAACUGAAGCUGAGAGAUGUCAGAAAGAGCAAGGUGCUGGGAAAAGGAACAAUAUCUCCCCUCCAUUCUUCCCUCCCUCGCUGCCUCUCAGUAUGCCCGGGUCUGUCUGACCUGACCUGAAGCCUCCCCGGGCUCCGCAGUCCAUUUGAAGGAGGGAAUGUGAGCUGUGGCUGUCUGGCUGUCUGACUGGGCUGUGAGGCCCGGCCGCUUGGGAGCUCCAUUCAGCCUCUUCUGCCCGACACUGAGCCUCUUUGUGCCCCAGAAGCAGGGGGAGACUGCGGCAACAAAUAGCCGUUAAGAGUCAGGGACCUAGCCCAGCACCACAGCCUAGCAGAAUAUCAAUGAGGAGGAUAGCAACUCCAUCCGUCAUGUGAGAUACAACCCAACAGGCACGGGCAUCUUAUGCUUCACCCACACUGGUGAUUCACCGGUUUGCCAGGACAGGGAGGAGCUGAGGGUGAGGCCAGGGUUGGGACACUGCUAACUGUCACAAUGGUAAUCCCUUGUGGGUUUAUCCCUUUCUGUCUGUCUUUCAGUGUGUUUCCCAACAAAAGCGGGAUAAAGAAAACAGAUGGGCAUGGGUAUACUUGGGUGUGGAGUUACUCUUUCACUCCGUUGUCUGAUCUUUUGAUGUUUUCUGUUUUUUGUCUGCUCUCAUCCGUUCUUGAUUCAAAUGUAGAUCCAGAGAUAGCUUUAGUUCAUCUGGGUCAUGGUGGUGUUUUGUGUGUGUGUGUGUGUGUGUGUCAGUCUGUCAGCUUGUGUGUGUGUUAAGUCUCUUUGGGUUUGUACCGAUGAUUGUGUUACUCAUAUUGAGUGCAAAAAACAGCUUUUAUCAUUGUUACUCUUCUUCUCACCCUUCUUUUGUUUUCUAACCACGUUUCAUUCGCUAUUGAGCCAUUAAUGCUGUGUAGCAACCCUUUGCUUGACAUUCACAAAUCCAUGCUUACAGUGUUACUGCCCUGUGUGGAGGCAGUGCACGCUAUACAAUAGAUUUAAACCAUUAUGCUGUAUACAAAGUGCUGCUAAAAGUGGAGAAGCUAGGCACUGCUUAGCUGAGGGGAAUCUAGGGUAGGUGGUAAAUACUAACAACACACACACAAUACAUCUCAAUGUAUAAAAAUAGCUGUACAUGGCUGUCGUUUGAAACUUUUCAAUACUGGUGCCGAUACUUUUCCCUGUAAAACCCUCUUUUCCGUAUAAAGGAAUAGGUCACCAUUUUGGGAUUUACAUUUAUUCUCUGUCUUGAUGAGUUUGAGAGUUACAUGAGUAGAUCGAUACCACUCUUAUGCUUAUAGAGUAAAUAUGAAGCUACAGCCAGCAGGUAGUUAGCAUA